AUGACGGAUUUAUGCAGUGAAUGUAAAUUAGUUAUAACAGCUUUGGAUUCGGUUUCCUGCGACAGUUGCUCCCGAUUGUUCCACAAGAAGGUAUGCUCAGGACUCAAUGCUUCAGAAAUUAAAGUAAUGGAACUGAAGGGUGCUCGUCAGUUGAAAUUUUUUUGCCCAGAGUGCCAAAGUGGGAUGAAAAUGGUACCAACGCUAAUAAAGGCUGUGGAGGAACUACGGCAAGAGAUUGAUGAUCUUAAAAAGACCCCCGUGAUGCAAACUCCACCCAACAUACCUGUCCCCUCCAACACUCCAGUAUUAAACUACAAUGAGGCAGAUAUUUUUGUGGAACUACAGGAGCGCCAAAAUCGUGCCAACAAUUUGAUGAUAUUUAAUGUUCCUGAAGGAAAUAAUUCUGAACCGGAUUCUGAUCAAGUCAAAAAACUUAUUUCCAUUUUGUCAGAUACAAACUCUCCUCAACCUCGUGUACUUCAAACCUUGAGAAUGGGUAAGCCUAAUAAAAAUAACUUCAGAGCUUCAAGAUUGACCUUAGAAUCACCAGCUGAAGUUCAAAAGUUGAUUAAGUGUGGUCACAAACUUAAAGAUGAAAAAGUGUUCAUAAGCUUUGACUUGACCGCCAAAGAAAGAGAAAGGCAUAAAUUGUUACAAACUGAAUUUCGAACACGUAAAGCUAAUGGAGAGAAUGUAGUCAUAAGAUAUCAAAACCGUAUUCCGAGCAUUGCUUUGGGAAAAAACACGAAGUAG